CGCAGCGUUCAUUUUUACUUCAUUCGCCGGCUUAUAUGAAGAAAGAGCUAGCUUCCUGGUUGGCUAGUGACCGUAGAGAAUUCAGAUGGAGGGUCCUUCCCAAACGAGGUAAACUAGGGUUUACCUUUCGAUCGAGUGCUUGAAAGUCACAUAGUCGCUUAAUUUCUCGAGAAGAAUGGGUGAUGCGCCGUCUCUGUUCACUUUAAGCUUCAAUGCACUUAAGAUAGAAGUUAUCUAUGGGGAUGAUCUUACUCAGGAUAUGUGCGAACUCCCGCCUGAUUUGUUGGAUAGCUUGCUGGCAUCUCUGCCUCCUUUGGCUUUGCUGAAGCUGCACGAGCACAUAUCUUCAUUAUGCAGGUCAUUUAAGAAUGGAGAUGAUGGUCAAAUUGCAAAUAGUUGCAUCAGAAAUGAGAGAAAACGCAAAAGAAAUUUGAACUUUGAUUUGGUAUGGAGAACAUUUUACGAGUCACGUUGGCCCGGUCUGACCAGAAAGAACCAAGCAGUACCUUGGCUGGCAAAACAAGGUUUAGAAGAGCAUCAGCCGAUGGAUGACUGGCAACAGGUGUACUGGGAAACACAUUUGCAGAAUUGCCUGGAUGAAGCAGCAGAGAUAGCUUUGCUCCCUUCUUUUGAUGGUUGCAUAAGCGAAGUAAGAGUUUCAGAUGCUAUACUAAAGCCCAUUGGUUAUGAGGGGCAUGCCAAUCAUUCAAGAUGUGAUUACUCGAAGUUGUCUUAUCAUUGCCAACGAUUUGGUAGCUAUGCAAGAUGUCUGAGACUUCAAAAUGUUCUUUGCAAUGCUGAAAUCUGUCAUUUGUUAAAUUCCAGUAAAUUGCAACGCUUGGAAUUGCGAUGGAUUAAGUCUAGAGUGCUAGUUGAAGGGUUAUGCCAACUUCUGAAGCAGAAAAGAGAAACGUUAAAAUCACUUGAAUUUGUUCACUGCAAGCUUUCUUCAACUUUUUUUAAUGCAAUUUGUGAUUCUCUGUGCAUGAAAUGUCUCCCAACCCAUGAAAUAGAAGACUUCUCAAUCAAAACAUCAAGCUUUCUUGAAACCAACCCAUUUUCAUUGCCUGUUGGACUAGCAACUUUCUUAACAUCAGGAAGGCAUUUGUCUUCAUUAAGCUUCUGUGACAUCCAGAUCGGCCAGAAUUUUGCAAGAAUGGUUUUCAGCACCCUCCUUGAUGCUGCAUCUGGUACAUCCACGCUUGAUCACUCCAAAAACAAUAUUGCUGGCUGCCUUUCUUAUUUCAGAUGGAAAUCCUUGAGUUCCUCUUUGUUGUCUUCAGGACUGGAAAAGUCAUUACAGUCAUUACAUGUGCUCUGUCUAAGGGGUAAUAAUAUACAAAAAUACGAUGUAGAGAGUCUGAAGCAUGCUCUGGCUCAUAUACCUAACCUGGAGGCUCUUGACAUAAGUGACAAUGCUCUUGAGGAUGACGGAAUCAAGAGUUUAAUAUCCUACUUUAUUGAGAUAUCCAGAAGGCACUCCCACUUCAGUGAUCUGAAAGUGGAAAAUUGCGAGCUUUCAUGUAAUGGAGUGAGUGACCUUCUAGAUGCUCUGUCUACCUUAACAGGGCCACUGGAUUCUCUAUCCAUUGGAGGAAAUGACCUUGGGAGCAAAGUUGGAGCACCUUUGGGAAAAUUUUUAGGUACAGGUAUUCGAGCACUGGUUAUUGAGGAUAUUGGGCUUGGUUCAUCUGGCUUUCUGGAUCUGCAGAAAGAAAUAAGAGAGAAUUUAAAGCUGGCCUGCAUCAAUAUGAGCAAAAACCGAGGAGGGAUUGAAACUGCAAAGUUUUUGGCAACCCUCAUUACAUGGGCUCCAGACCUUGUUGCAGUUAAUGCGGGCUAUAAUUUUAUGCCUUUUGAGUCCUUGCUACCUGUAUGCUCUGCCCUGAAAGUUGCAAAAGGGAAACUUGAGCAUGUGGACUUGACUGGAAAUAAUUGGAGUGACCAAUCAGAUGUUGCUUCUAUGCUGGCUGAAUUUCAGUUCAAUGGGAAACCCAUUUUUGUGCUUCCAUCAUUCCAUUCUUCAAAUGCACCAUAUGAUGAUGAUCCUUAGUUCUUUCAUAUGUUCAAUGCUUUUGAACCAUGGUUAUGCUGCAGGAUGCCCGUUGCUGAAGCACUGUAGAGCAACAAAGUUUGUUCGACAGAUUUCCUCUAUCAUGCUUAUAUCAGUAAUGUCCUUUUUUACCUUUUGUAACUUGGACAGUUCAGAUAACCUAUCACUUGGAAGUAAUGGCAGUGCUUUGGCUUUUGUAUAACUUAGAAUUUUCUAUAAUAUGGAUGUAACUGGAACUAUCCAUUUGAUGCAGUAAUUCUUAUGAUCAUAGUGCAAUCUAAAUGCGUGGUGCUCUUACUCA